AUGAAAUGGUUAUCCUUUCAAAAAUCUCGUCUCCUUCUCCGACAAUGCGCGCGCAGCUCGUUUCUCCGUCCCGGAAAGGAACUGCACGCCGUUUUAACCACUUCGGGAUUGAAUAAGUCCCCGAGGUCCUACCUGAGCAACUCGCUCUUUCAGUUUUAUGCUGCCUCCGGUGAUAUGGCUACUGCCCAGAAGCUGUUCGACGAAAUCCCUCUAUCAGAAAAAGACAAUGUUGAUUGGACCACUUUGUUAUCAUCGUUUUCCCGGUACGGAUUCCUGCUUGAUUCGAUGAAGCUAUUUGUGGAAAUGACGAGGAAAAGAGUAGAGAUUGAUGAUGUUUCUCUAGUCUGCUUGUUAGGAGUGUGUGCCAAGUUAGAAGAUUUAGGGUUCGGUGUACAAGGACAUGGGGUUGUUGUAAAGAUGGGACUUUUGACUAGUGUAAAGGUUUGUAAUGCCCUAAUGGAUGUGUAUGGGAAAUGCGGGUUUGUGGGCGAAGUCAAGCGCAUAUUCGAGGCGUUGGACGAGAAGAGCGUUGUUUCAUGGACGGUGGUUUUGGACACAGUUGUGAAAUGGGAGGGUUUAGAGAGAGGAAGAGAGGUGUUCGAUGAAAUGCCUGAGAGAAAUGCUGUCGCUUGGACGGUUAUGGUUGCUGGGUAUUUGGGAGCUGGGUUUACAGGUGAAGCAUUGGAGCUUCUGGCGGAAAUGGUCUUUAGAUGUGGGCAUGACUUGAAUUUCGUCACCCUUUGCUCGAUGCUAUCUGCUUGUGCGCAAUCGGGAAAUCUGGUAGUUGGUAGAUGGGUUCAUGUGUAUGCAUUGAAGAAGGCAAUGAUAGUGGAGGAGAAAGAGAGUUAUGAUCCUGUCAUGGUGGGAACGGCAUUGGUUGAUAUGUAUGCCAAAUGCGGAAACAUAGAUUCUUCCAUGAAAGUGUUCAGAUUGAUGCAUAAGAGGAAUGUGGUAACUUGGAACGCCAUGUUUAGUGGGUUAGCAAUGCACGGGAAAGGUAGAAUGCUAGUUGACAUGUUCUCGGAGAUGGUAAGAGAGGUCAAGCCGGAUGACUUAACCUUCACUGCCGUCUUAAGUGCUUGCAGCCACUCGGGAAUGGUAGAAGAAGGGUGGCGAUGUUUUCAGAACCUCCGGUUCUAUGGUUUGGAACCUAAGGUUGACCAUUAUGCAUGUAUGGUAGAUCUUUUGGGCAGAGCUGGUCGAAUUGAAGAAGCAGAGAUCUUGAUGAAGGAAAUGCAAGUGCCUCCGAAUGAAGUUGUCCUUGGUUCGCUUCUAGGCUCAUGUAGUGUCCAUGGAAAGCUGGAGAUAGCGGAACGGAUUAAAAGAGAGCUUGUUCAGAUGAGCCCAGGCAAUACGGAGUACCAAAUACUUAUGUCCAACAUGUACGCUGCAGGAGGAAGGAGUGACAUUGUAGAUGGAUUAAGAGGAAGUAUGAGAAACGGAGGAAUCAGGAAAAUACCUGGUAUGAGUUCCAUUCACAUGAACGGUUCAGUUCAUCGAUUCAGUUCAGGAGAUAGAUCACACCCGAGAAUGAAAGAGGUCUACUUCAAGUUGAAUGAAGUGAUUGAACGGAUUAGAUCAGCUGGUUAUGUCCCUGAUGUCUCUGGCCUGGUGUCUCCCUGUGACUUGGAGGAUAAAGAGCAAGCUUUGUGCUGUCACAGUGAGAAACUGGCCGUCUGUUUCGGGCUUCUGGAAACAAAACCAAGGACACCUCUUCAUGUCUUCAAGAAUCUGAGGAUAUGUCAGGAUUGUCAUUCGGCUAUGAAGAUUGUUUCAAAGGUCUAUGAACGAGAAAUUAUAAUCAGAGAUAGAAAUAGAUUCCAUCAGUUCAAGGAAGGCUCUUGUUCUUGUUCCGAUUACUGGUGA